CAGAAUCGAAGGCACCAAAUAUAUAUUGCGACCAUCCAACAGCCCAUUGACCUGUAUCACAAAUGGAAAGAAGAUAUACGCGUGCGGUUUAACGGAAUCAGAACAAUCUUCUUUAAGAGCAAACAAUCCCAACAGCUUUGCUUUCACCAUCUCAAAGAUAACGGGUGGAACGAAUCACUCUGCAUUGCAUUCUGGAGAUGCAGUUUACAUACGAGCCAAGCAUGACGGUUUCUUUCUUGCUCAUUGCGGCGAGUCCGGCCCGUGCUAUAAUUAUCCUCACUCAGGGCCGAUAAUGAUAGACCCCAAAGAUUUUGAUCAGCAUACCGAUACUUAUAAAUGGCUGAUAUGGCAGUUCAACAAGACGACGUCACUUCAUAAUGAAGGGACACCUGUAUACCAAGGUGAUUUGAUUCAGUUUCAAUCUAUGUCGUCAUCGAAUGGAUGGAUUGAUACAUGUGGCGGUGUAACACUUGAUGGAUAUGGCGGGCACGGAAUUCGGGUCAUAAAUGAUGAAAACAAUGACAGAGCCGAAUCUCUUGUACGUGGUAACAAUCAGAGACUCACAGCAGAAAUCAUUGAUGGAGAAUGUAGCGUCUCAGUUUCUUCACGGGUAUCAUGUGGACCAGUGGGGAUCGAAGAAUGUCAUCGCAGAGGUUGUUGCUAUGAUAGCCUCAAUGGUGUUGUCCCAGCAUGUUACUAUGCGCCGAGUGGGCCAAUCCAUCGACGAUUACCGCGGAUCACGCUAAAGUGCAGUAACACCGUAAGCACACUCAAAUACCACGGAAUAGAACUCACCGAUGGCGAUAUGCAGACUUGCUUUCCUCUGGAGAUGAUGACCGCAUCUUCUGUUUGGUUCGACUUAAAUGGAUACAGCUCCGAUAACUUCACGCUUGAGAGCUUCAUGCCUUUACGAUCUGCUGGACUUUGCAAGCAUUUCUACCCCAUGGUCGGAGCUACGGCUUCCCAGGAUGGGGAUGACUUCAAGGAAUGCGCUAGACUUGAUGAAAGUUUCAACAAUGGAUUGUCCAAGUGUGCAUACGUAUGUGCGUGCAGUUAUGGGAACUGUAACUCAUUCACAGUGAACUUUCUGCAUAUUCAAGCUGAUAACAUAAAGGUUAAGGAACAUAAAAUUUGCGAAAUGGUGAUUAAACUUUAAAAUUGACAUUCGGUGAUCAAAAUUCACCUUCAAAUUUCUUCAUCCUUACUGACGAUGUUUUACAUAUUUUACUAAUUUUGAUUAUUCUAUUUUUGACAAUUAUCAUAAUUCUAGAUGUAUAUAUGUAUUAUGUACAGUUUAACUUAACUCUAGGUGUUAUGAAGUUCUAAGUUUUAUGCAACCAUUCUAGUAUUGUCUCGAGCCCUUCUGACCCAAUUCCUGCCUACACACCAUACCUUACCUUGAGCGACUCUAUAAAAGACUGUAACUCAAGGUUCUAACAAUGCCAUCGGCUUCAUUGCCUCGAGUGUCUGAGCCAAGGAGAUUAAAUAAAGUGUAUAUGACGUUCUCUUUUUAGAAGCAAAAUCAGACUAGUACUAUCUAGUAGUAUUGGAAGUGUCUAGCUUUAUGUGAUCCUUCAAUAGAUCCUCCUAGGUCAGUAGGUCAUU